GCAGGUCAGGCUGAGCCGAGGUUAGAUUGAGCGUUCUUAUCUCGCCUCCUGCCUUCCCAUCGUCCCAAUGUUUAUUUGUAGAACAGGUGCGUCUGCUUCAGAGACCGCGGCGCUUUUCUGACAGAAGAAGCGGAGCAUCCGCGUAGACCUUCCCAGAAUCCCGCUGUCCCGCUGCGGCUCCUUCACCGGGCAGAACCGCGUGAAUUCGGAGAGGUGGAGCGGGCUGGACGCCGUACUGUCACGCUCAGUGAUGGACUCGAACUUGGGUGUCUUUUGGAGACGUUUUCGCCUUGCACGGCUGGCUGGUCUGUGUUAGUGUGCGCGUGGCUGGAGCAGGUCACCGGUUCACCUCCCGCGUGUUGAAGGAUGGCGCCUCCUGGUCCACCCUGUCUGGCCUCGCUCCUGUUUCCCCCGCUCUGUCUCCAGCCUUUAAACGCCUCGCCACCGGCCUGAGCUUCUCUGAGCACGAGCUCGCUAACCCGUCUGCCUGGUUGAGCUCUCGGGAAAGGCGAUGCGGCGGUUCAUCUACUGUAAGGUGGUGUUGACCACUUCCUUGGUGUGGGUGCUGGUGGACGCCUUCCUGCUGCUGUACUUCAGUGAGUGCAACAAAUGUGACGACAGAAGGGACCGCUCUCUGCUCCCUGCUCUCAGAGCAGUGAUAUCCAGGAGUCAUGAGGGUCCAGGAGAAAUGGGCAAAGCGGUAAACAUCGCCAAGGACGACCAGGAGAAAAUGAAGGAGCUCUUUAAGAUAAACCAGUUUAAUCUAAUGGCCAGUGACAUGAUUGCACUCAACAGGAGUCUACCGGACGUGAGGUUGGAUGGCUGUAAAACCAAAGUUUACGCAGAUGAUUUACCCACCACCAGCAUUGUCAUAGUUUUCCACAACGAGGCGUGGAGCACCCUGCUGCGGACCGUCCACAGCGUCAUCAGCCGCUCGCCCAGACACUUGCUAGUAGAGAUUUUGCUGGUUGAUGACGCCAGCGAGAGAGACUUUUUAAAAAAGAAGCUGGAAGGUUACGUCCGGACUUUGGAGGUUCCUGUAAAGAUCCUGCGGAUGGAGCAGCGCUCCGGGCUGAUCAGAGCCAGGCUGAGGGGAGCGGCCGCCACCACAGGCCAAGUCAUCACCUUCCUGGACGCUCACUGCGAGUGCACUGAAGGCUGGCUGGAGCCUCUGCUGGCACGUAUCAAAGAGGACAGGACUGCAGUGGUGUGCCCCAUCAUCGACGUCAUCAGCGAUGAGACGUUUGAAUACAUGGCAGGCUCGGACAUGACCUACGGAGGAUUUAACUGGAAACUGAAUUUCCGUUGGUACCCUGUUCCCCAGCGGGAAAUGGAUCGGCGGAAAGGGGAUCGAACGCUUCCUGUCAGAACUCCCACCAUGGCAGGAGGAUUGUUCUCCAUAGACAAGACAUAUUUUGAAGAAAUCGGAAGCUAUGACCCCGGAAUGGACAUAUGGGGCGGAGAAAACCUGGAAAUGUCUUUUCGAAUCUGGCAGUGUGGUGGCUCCCUGGAAAUCGUGACAUGCUCACACGUGGGGCACGUUUUCCGCAAAGCCACCCCCUACAGCUUCCCUGGAGGAACGGGUCAGGUCAUCAACAAGAACAACAGACGGCUGGCGGAAGUUUGGAUGGACGAGUUCAAAGAUUUCUUCUACAUCAUAUCUCCAGGCGUGAUGCGGGUGGACUACGGAGACGUCUCCUCCCGGAAAGCCCUCCGCGAGGCCUUGAAGUGCAAACCCUUUUCUUGGUACUUGGAGAACAUCUACCCCGACUCACAGAUCCCCAGAAGAUAUUACUCUCUUGGUGAAAUCAGAAAUGUGGAGACCAAUCAAUGUGUGGACAACAUGGGAAGGAAGGAGAACGAGAAAGUGGGCUUCUUCAACUGUCAUGGCAUGGGAGGGAACCAGGUGUUCUCAUACACAGCGGACAAAGAAAUCCGCACAGAUGAUCUCUGUCUGGAUGUUUCCCGCCUCAACGGACCCGUAGUGAUGCUCAAGUGUCACCACAUGAAGGGCAACCAGAUGUUCGAGUAUGACGCUGAGCGACUGACCCUGCUGCACGUGAACAGCAACCAAUGCCUGGACAUGCCGUCUGAGGAGGACAAGAUGGUCCCCACCCUGAGAGACUGCAGCGGCAGCCGCUCCCAGCAGUGGCUGCUCAGAAACAUGACCCUUAGCGUCUGAUCUCUUGACUCCCUCCACGGUUCUGACCUCCUCCUAACCUGGCCGUCAUCUCCCUCCCCAGGUGGCUCCUACUAGACACAACAUGCACCUCUUCUUGUUGCUGCCUGGACGACAGAGAUCCAGAAAGCAGCGGCUUGUGUUUCUCUUCAGAGGUGGAGCCUCUUGCGGCUAAAGCCACUGGUUUGGGGAGGAACCGCAUGUGCAUUGAGACUUCUCGCCUGACCUCAGCAUCCCCGUGAUUCUCUAAAGUGGGAGAACAAUGCUUUGGGGUCAGUGCAUCAGUUCAUUGUGUUGGUGUUUUUACUGAUGCUGAUUUGUCAAUCAUCCUUUUCCACAUCAGUUGCUAGUCAACUAAUUUUUUGGUGGAUUUGUGAAGAAAAUGUUUGUGUUUUUUUUUAAGUCAAACAUUAGAAAAAUUCAUUAUUUCUGUUGCUCUAAACUUCAAUCCUUAUUGAUACUGCUGCUAUUGUUUAUUUACAAUUUUAAGAGAGGCUGGAUGUGUUUCUGGGAAUGCUUCAAGCCGCAUGGUGUCAUCACCCAUGACAACAGCUGCUGGCUUGUCACCCGUAGGAAGGUCAAACUUUAUGGUACCAAAUUGGAGAGAAGAAUGAAGGUACCUUAUAGCACAGAAAAAAGGUUGUAGCAUCAGAAGUUACUUUUUUUUGGUCUAGUUUAGAGAGUGUAGCAAACCAAGGCUAUCAAAGUAUCUGUGCGAGGACUGAAGCUGGUCCUCAUUUUGAUUCCAAAGUCUAAAAACAGAGAAUAUAAAAUCUAUUUUUUUCUAAUGACUUGUGUGCAAAUUUAAGAGAGAUUGUGAAUGUUAGUCGUGGUGUGUUGCAUGUUGGGAGACGAGCACCAUCUUUUAAAUAUCACUUCCAUUAUGUGAAACUGCUGCUGAGAUAUUAAAUGGUGGUGAGGGGGGGUGCAAAGUAUGUUAAUUCAUGAACUGGAUCUGUGCCAAAAUAUGAUCCCUGCAACAAAAAAAAAGCUGUUCCUUUUGGCUCAUUUUUUUAAUUAAACAAAUUGUUUUAAAUGUACACACUUGUUGAAGUAACUUCUAAUUCCACUAUAAACCGACUCUGUUUUGUGAGUCUCUAUGAUGUUAGAAAGGAGUGCAAACAUUUUUUUUUUUUUACAUUGGCUACAACUCUGAAAUUUGGUGGAAUUUCUGUCUCUCUGAUGAUCUUUUCUACCAUAAGGUCCUCUUGAAUAAAUCAGUAAUUGACAUUGGAAAAUUCCAUCUUGGGUUGAGGCACUGUAGAUACAUUUCUAUGACGUAAAGAAGUGCCAUAACAGAAGAUAUAUGACGGCAGUAAAAAAAUCAUCAUCUGUCUUCACAGUCCAAGGUGUCCAAACACUUUGAAUUUAGCAAAGAUGUGACCAUACAGUGUGGUAUCAUGUACCGUUUGUGUUACUUUUAACACCUGUUCAUUUUUUAGAGACUCAUCUGCGAUUGUAAGCAAUUUUAACACUUGUUUUCUGGUAGCUUUAGCUCACCAAGGCCACGUUUUGUGUCAUAUUUAAGUUUAAAAACCCACAACAAUGAAAAUCUUUUUUUUUCUUUUUGUACCAUUCUAGUAUUUGUCUCAAAGAUGCAUCUAAAAUAUUGUUCACCAUUUUGUUGCUCUGAUAAUGUCGGGUUGGGGUUGUGAGGGACUGUAAGCUAGUGGGAGAGUGUGCAGAGAGUGUUUAUUAAAAACUGCAAAAAUAAAAGACCACUGGAAAAAAUAGGAAAAUACCUCCAAAAAUGAUUGGAGCGGGUCUUGAAGAUGUAGAAUACAUCAGCAUUUUUUUUAACAAAGAAAUAAAUAUUUUAGUUUCUAUUAAACUGUUUGUCAGUAAGGCCAUUUUGUUAUUUCAUUUCAGUUUCGGCUUCAAGUGACAUAGAGAUUAAUCUAAAUUUUGCAGAAUAUUACUGAGUAAAUUUUAGAUCAAAUCUUACUGGAGAAUGUGGUCGCACAAAAAAAAAAAAAAAAACGACAACCCUCAUGGAUCCUCUUAUGCAAUUUAGCAUAAAUUACAUAAGAUGAAAUUUCAUCUGGUUGAUUACUUUUCAAUCCACCAGUUACUUUGUGUUGAUUAGAUUCUAUAAACAGUCAUUGCUCACACUUCAGAUAAAAAGUCAGCUAGAAUGCUGCAGUCCUUAUAAUUGACCUAAUGGAAAUAUGAAAAUCCACAACAGCACAUUUUAGAACAGAUUGAUGGAAGUGUCUGAUGAGUCCAGGUAACAAAAAUAAUUUAAAAAAUAGAAUUUCAAUGACUGCAGAUUAUAAUUGCAUACAAUUAUAUGGAAGGCAGUGAUGUUAUGCACGUCUGAUUAUGGAACCGACUGAGGAGCACCAGGAACCCUGACGUAACACUCAUACACCCAACAUACAUCAGUAUUUUAGCAUAGCUUAAAUAUUUACAAUUAAAAAGAAUAAAGCAUAAAAUUAUUUCAUGCUUUAAUUGUCUUAAAAAAAGAAAAACUGUUGAUUUUCACACUUGAAACUCUAGUUUGAAGUCCAUCGUGCAUCUACUGGUUAGAUUUUUAUUUUUUUGCUUUGAAGUUAAUGUAAAGAAUUUUGUUAACUGACUUGAUUUAUCAUUUUAAUGUCUCAUAUAAUAUGUAUCUAUGUUCCCUGUUAUCCUAUUUUGGUCAAUAUCAUUUACGGGAUGUUCUGUUGACACUUUUUAACUCGUUUUUGCUGACAUGUCGAUUUGCAAACAGCCUAAAUGUAAUUUGAUUUUUACUGUUAAGAAAUCAACCAUCCAUAAAACGCAAAAACUAAAAUCUUCACAGGUACUUAAAUGUUCAUUAGGGUCAUUUUAGGUGAUAUAGUUAAAAAAUCGUGCACACAAGAUCAUUUCUUUUUUAUUUUAAAAAGAGUUUUAAGAUAACAAAGGAAAAUAAUUAUAUAGAUUUUCUUUUCAAAAUGAUAAUUAUAUAGAAAAAUUAAUUUGUUAUAGAUUUGAGAUUUUAAGGUUUGGACAAACCACCAUUUUGGCCAAUCUUGAUAAACGUAGGGGGUUGACUUUGUGCCUUCAGGAUCCUUUGUUUGUUUUUGAUCAUCUCUUCUUAGGAUUGGUGACAAAUGUGGGUUUUUGUUUAAAUUUCUUGCUAAAUUCUCCAUCCCAGUAAAAUCUCAUUAAAGUUUCAUAAGUCACAUGACACACUUUUUCAUUCAGCAGGCGCUCAUGACAUACUUUCUGUACCGUGACGUUAGUUGAGCCAGAUUGUUGUUCAGAACGGUUGUGGACUAAAUGAUACAGACGCUGUGAAACACUUGUAAAACAAAUAAUAGGUUUCUAGUUCUGUUCUUUUUGAAUGAAAAUGGAAAAAAGACUGUUUCCUAGUAAUGAACAUCGCUCUGAACAAUUAUCUGACCUCAGCGGAGGGGACACGACGGAGAGAGAAAAAAAAAACACAAAUGCUACUUGAAUACUGAGUCCUUGCCAAGUCCCUGCUUGGUAUUCAGAUUAAAAUUUGAUUACUUGUUUGAUAUUACGCAUAUUCAUUGAUUGUUUUUGCUUUAUUUUAAAGUGCAUGUUAUUGAAGUGGGAAUGUAAUGUUUGUUCUGGUUGAUGUUCUCUAUUUGUAUGUUUGCCUUUUUGUAGAAAAAAAAAAAUAAAACUUCAAAACAUGAAAUCCUCAGUUUAACACCCACAGUGACUGGAUUUAGUCAUACACUUUUCCGACCGCCGUGCAGCUUAUUACCAGGCUUCAUUUAGUCUGCGUUUUUCAGUGAAAAGCCUCGCAAUAGGCUGGCAAAAGAAUCGCCUUAAAAUGACUGUUCUAUUCUGCUUUUGUCCAGUAUGAGUAAGGAGUCCGCCAUUGUCAACAGAUGAAGGUUUGCCUGCCACGGGUUAUUAUUCUGUGUACACUUUAACUAAGAAAGCCUGACCUUUUAGAGGACUUUGCUUUAUUAAAGUCUGAGGCAAAAACGACUCUUUGUGAACAGAACUGACAAAAAAAAAAAAAAAA